AUGGCCGAAGCAAUCGGUCUCGCGACAAGCGUGAUCGCCGUCGCCGAAGUCACUGGCAAGGCCAUAGGCCUCACUCUCAAAAUCAAAUCGCUCUGGCGUGAAGUCAAGAACGUCCCAGCCGUUCUUCUCGAAAAGGCCGAAGAGCUCCAGGAUCUCGACGACUAUCUCAAAGAUGCCGAAAGUCAGACUGCGAGCAGUCCUGUGUCCAAGUCGGUCAUCGACGAUGAGAUUAUGCAGAAGUCGCUCAGGAGAGCCCGCGCGGCAUUGGCAGACAUACAGAACACCAUCGAUGACCUCAGUCUCCAGAUGUCUGAUCCGCGGAAGCAUCGACGCAAAUUGACUGCUGCAAAAUUUUUCUUACAGAAAGAUACAAUAGAAGACAUGGAACGAAAGCUCGAUCGAGCUUUGGAGCUUUUCAAGGUGGCUCAAGGAAUCUAUUGCACAAAACUAACUAUGCUUUCCACGUCCAUCAUCAUGCAACGGCUCCCGAAUUGUUUGAGUCCUUCGGAAGUCACGGAGAAAUCAUCCCAAAGAGUCGAGGUGGCAGAAUUCUUUGACCAACACAGACCAGUUGUUGCCAAUAUAGCUGGCAAGGACAACCUUGAUAUGUCUCAAGGCACAACCGCGAUUGGAAGGUUUCGUCUUGGGUUUGGAGACGACGCCUUCCAGAUUUCACUCAGAUCACCCAGUUGGCUCGGCAGCAAGGUUUAUUACGCCAUGUGCCACAAGAGCAUACUUGGGUGGCAAAUCAAUCUUAGAACUUAUGUAGUGAUCGAGGAUUUCUUCAGCUUUGAAGACGCCGUGAAGUCCGAUGAUCCACAGGCUCUCAUGAAACAUUUACGAUCAAGAUCGCUAACACCAUUUGUUCAAAACGAGUACGGGGAAAGCUUAUUAAACGCUUUGCGCCCAAAACCGAUGGGUCAACAUUGCGAAAUGGCUUCUCACCUUUGGGCUGUACGCUGGUUCCUACAGCGGUGACUUCAAGGAGCUCAGGUUCAUCAUCCUCAAAGUCCAUGAUUUUAUUGGCACUUCAAUGCUAAUUCAUUACAGAAACUCAUAUUCAAGACAUCUCAUUUUCAACGCUGCCAAUCAAUGGUCUCAUCCUCCAACUGCCCGCUCAGAUUCUCCAUCCGACUUGGCUCUCCUUUUCGCCUCUCACGCGCAGAAUGGAGACACUGGUAUAUCAGUUGACUUUAUGGCCUUCAUAGCAGGCCUUGCAAACUUUGAAAAUUUCAGCAGAUUGCUUCAUUCCAAGACUCCAGUGUCAGAUCCAAAAUGGUUUUCUUUUGGCGCCAGAGUUUCAUUUGCAUAUUCUGGAAUCCUUGGCUCUAUCUGGACCUUGGAACAAACAUCUUCCGUGCUUCCGGAACUCGGAAGCCUCACUAGAGAGCUCCUAAUGUCCUGGCGACUCGGAAGACAAGACCCAGUGGUGAUAGCCUUGGCAGCAGUGGGAAUCGGGACUUUGUCUGCUCGAGCACCCCGAGGCGAUCCCGC